ACGCAGCCUGGCCUGCCGGGUCCCCUUCCCGUCAUUCCCAGCCAGAUUUAGCUGCUGACAGCUGCCUGGGAUUCUGCCGCCGGGGCCUGGCGCAGAUCUGCCACCUCUCCUCUCUCAGCGACUCCAGAGCGGCAGCCCCUCAUGGCCCAGAAGGAAGAGGCCACUGCGGCCGCUGCGCCUGCCUCCCAGAAUGGGGAGGAUCUGGAGAACCUGGACGACCCUGAGAAGCUGAAGGAGCUGAUUGAGCUGCCGCCCUUUGAGAUCGUCACAGGGGAGCGGCUGCCUGUCAACUACUUUAAGUUUCAGUUCCGCAAUGUGGAGUACAGUUCCGGGCGGAACAAGACCUUCCUCUGCUAUGUGGUUGAAGCGCAGAGCAAGGGAGGCCAAGUGCAGGCAUCUCGGGGAUACCUAGAGGAUGAGCACGCAGGUGCUCAUGCAGAAGAAGCCUUCUUCAACACCAUCCUGCCAGCCUUCGACCCAGCCCUGCGGUACAAUGUCACCUGGUACGUGUCCUCUAGCCCCUGUGCAGCUUGCGCCGACCGCAUUAUCAAAACCCUUAACAAGACCAAGAAUCUGCGCCUGCUCAUUCUGGUGGGGCGACUCUUCAUGUGGGAGGAGCCGGAGAUCCAGGCUGCUCUGAAGAAGCUGAAGGAGGCUGGCUGUAAACUGCGCAUCAUGAAGCCCCAGGACUUCGAGUAUAUCUGGCAGAAUUUUGUAGAGCAAGAAGAGGGUGAAUCCAAGGCCUUUGAGCCCUGGGAGGACAUUCAGGAGAACUUCCUAUACUACGAGGAGAAGUUGGCUGACAUCCUGAAGUAGGCAACUGGGCUCAGCCUCACGUCUGCCUGCUGCCACCAAGAGACAGCAGUGACAUGUAUAGCCAUCCGGGACAUGCCUGUCUUCCUAAUACCACUUGCAGCUGGACAGCAUUCAACACGAACCUGUCCUCCUGGAUAAGGCCCUGAGAGGACUCCAAAUACACUUCUCAUGCUGUAAUUCAUUUAGGCUGUGCAUCUCUCUCUAAUGCUGCUCUUGGGAGAGAGGAAAGAGACCUGAAAGGAGAGAAAUGCAACCAUAUACGGGCACCAGGCAUCUGUGAGACUGAAGGUCCUAAUUACUCCCCAAAGGGGCUACUUAAGGCAAAGAGCCUAAGAUCCAAGGUACAGAUCUUUCAAAUAUGCAUUUUACGCUAAGUUGGAUUCUUUUGUUAAAGAAAGAGAAACAGCGACAUUAAUAAAAGUAGUGGUGUG